ACCAUCUCAACCUUUUCCAGGUGUCACAGUAUCUGGAGGGUUCAAUAUCUGAGGCUUGCAAAUAAGACGACUGCUACUACUCAGAUAAUAUCUGCCUGCCGUAAAUAUUUGCAAGAGAAAAGCCUUUUGUGGGUAGGGAAAAGCCUGAAUCAUAUCUUUACUUGGGGCUGUUAGACAAAUCAAAUGCAAGUUACGAUUUGUGUAGUUCUCAAGGGGAAAAACAGUGUGUGUAGACACUACUGGAAUAUUUGUUUUAAGGUAAAGUUGAAAGGGGGAAAGAUGAAGCAGGUACAAAGUGCUUCCUGUUAAAAUGAGAGUUUUGGAUUAAUGGAAACACUGCAAAAUUUAAUAAACCUCUCUACAAACUUUCACCAUAAUGGUGGUGGAUUAUGCAAUACUGUCUUCUAUAAAGCUGUUUGAAGAGAAUCUGCUGUUUAUAGUAGUUUGUGGAUUAAAUAGAAAAGGAGAAAACAUUACUCUUGGUUAUCUCACCUAUUUAAGAUAGUAGUGUGUUAAUUAAUACCAGUGCAACUUUCUAGCUGCCUCUUCAGAAAAGCCUCUAUCCUGACACCAAGGUAUGGAACGAAAAGUGGCCAUUAUUGGGGCAGGAGUGAGUGGGCUGGCCUCUAUCAAGUGUUGCCUAGAGGAAGGACUGGAACCUACCUGCUUUGAAAAAAAUGAUGUCAUUGGAGGACUUUGGCAAUUCACAGACAUUCCUGAAAAGGGAAGGACCAAUGUAUACAGAUCUGUGGUGAGCAAUACAUCCAAGGAAAUGACCUGCUUCAGUGACUUCCCAUUUCCAGAAAGCUGUCCUAACUACCUACAUCACUCCUUAGUCCUGGAGUACCUCAAGGAUUAUGCUAAACAUUUUCACCUUCUGGACUGCAUUCAGUUUAAGACUACAGUAUACAGCAUCAGAAAACAUCCAGAUUUCACAACUACUGGACAAUGGGUGGUCUACACAGAGACUAACGGAAAACAGGCAUCAACUGUCUUUGACGCAGUUAUGAUUUGCAGUGGCCAUUAUACAGAAGUUAAUCUACCCUUAGAUUCUUUUCCUGGAUUUGAAAACUUUAAAGGUCAAUACAUGCAUAGCUGGGAAUACAGAGAUCCAAAAGGGUUGGAGGGUAAAAAAGUUCUGAUACUUGGUGCUGGGAACACUGGAGGCGAUGUUGCCGUGGAAGUGAGUCGCACAGCUGCCAAGGUCUUUCUCAGCACCAGAAAUGGAGCCUGGGUACUAAGUCGGAUGUCAAAAGCCGGCUGGCCUAAUGAUAUGGUCUUCCAAACUCGAUUUCUAUCCUUCAUUCAAGGACUUCUUCCUGUCAGCAUUAGGGACAAGUUAUUGGCAAAGAAAUUCAAUCAAUGGUUUAACCAUAAGAAUUAUGGAUUGAUCCCUAUUAAAAGCUCAUUGACAUAUGUCAUUAUAAAUGACGAACUGCCCAGCUGCAUCCUCUGUGGUUCAGUGGUUGUAAAGCCAAAUGUGAAGAAGUUUACUGAGACUUCUGCCAUAUUUGAAGAUGGAACUGUAGAAGAAAAUAUAGAUGUGGUCAUUUUUACUACAGGCUAUGCUGCUUCAUUUCUCUUCCUGGAAGAAUCGGUUCGCAAUGUUUGUAAAAGUAGUACAUUCCUUUAUAAACAAGUAUUCCCUCCUCACUUGCAAAAGCCCACACUUGCCUUCAUAGGUUUUAUAUCAGUAACGGGAUCUAUUCUACCAGCAGUGGAACUUCAGGCUCGAUGGGUUACAAGAGUGUUUAAUGGAUCUAAUAAGCUGCCUCCAAUGAACAGAAUGAUGAAUGAAAUUGCUAAGCAGAAGAAAAGGCUCCUUAAAAAGGGUAUUUCCAACACAGAGAAAAAAAAGGAAUCAUUUGUUCACUACAUGGAUGAAAUUGCUGUUUGCAUAGGGGUUAAGCCCAAUGUGCCAUUACUUUUACUACAGGACCCCAAACUAGCUUUGAAGAUCUUAUUUGGUCCUUGUACCUCUUACCAGUAUCGCCUUUGUGGACCUGGAAAGUGGGAGAAAGCUAGAAAUGCAAUUCUGACCCAGUGGGAUCGUGUUCUCAAGCCCCUGAAGACUCGGGUCAUAGACAAUUCUUCAAAACGUAUCAAGCCACCCCUUUGGAAAAAAAUAUUCCACUUCACUGCAUUCCUUGGAACUACUAUAUUCAUCAUACUUCUGUACUCAUUUUAUACCAGCUAAGGAAAACAUCUAAUCUUAGAACUUUAUUUCAUAAUUUUACAGCAGGAAUCAAAACCUAAUCUGGCAUCAAAGCAGCAUACAAAAUGCAUAUAUAUCCUGGACUUUGAAAAAUAAUCUUGCAAAAUACAAUAUUUUUGCUCAGAAAUAUUUAUGUCCAAUGGAACGUAUUACCUGAUAUGUUCAUCCCAUGAAACCUGAGUGGUUGUUUCACAGGUUAUGCAGAAUAGCACCCUGACCUUAUGCAAAACUGCAACUUUUGUCUUCCAUUUACUUUUCCAUGAUCUUCCUCAUUUUCAUCAGAUUCAGGCAACCUGUAGACAACUGCCCUAUAAUCCUUCCUUAUUGAUUGAUUGUUUUUUCCAAUAUUGUUUUCUAAGCUGUAUCAAUUGUUUUAAAAUUAAAAUGCAAUGAAGUAUAUAGCUUAAAAUGCUCCAAGCAAACUCUAAUCAAAAAUAAACAUUUACAUUCACUAAAUGUA